AUGUUUCUAUAUAGACCGUUCUCGGCUGUAUGCCUCUUGGCAUAUGCGCCACUUUCUCUUUGCGCUCAUGUUUUCUUUGAGAUCAAUCUUACUUGGGAGGUCAGAGCCCCUGAUGGCCAACCUAGAUAUGUCAUUCUGAGCAAUGGGCAACUCCCAGGCCCACAGCUGAAUAUGAAUUAUGGAGACGAUGUAGAGUUUGUCGUUCACAACAACCUUCCCUUUGAUUCGACCGUCCAUUUCCAUGGUAUUGAGCAAACGGAUACCCCAUGGUCUGAUGGAACACCGGGUGUUUCUCAGAAACCUAUUCCCCAAGGCGGAAGUUUCACCUACAAAUGGACCGCUACUCAGUAUGGUGCUUACUGGUACCACGGUCACGCACAAGGAGAGAUCCAAGAUGGCCUUUACGGACCGAUAUUCAUCACGCCACCAUCAAGUCAGCCUUCACCUUUCGGACUCAUUGCAAAUAGCACCAGCGCCAGCAUCGCUGCAAUGCAAAGCGCCGAGAAGAAAGCUCAAUUCGCUCUGCUCUCCGACUGGGACCAUUUGACGUCUUCAGAAUAUCGGGCUGUUGAAGAGGCUUCAGGCCUUGAUCUGUUCUGUGUUGACAGUCUUCUGAUCAACGGCAAGGGAGCUGUGAAUUGCCAGCCCCAGGCAGUGCUUAAUGCGCUCACCCCACCGCCUUUGUUACAUCUGCUAAAUGGAUCGACUGUGAGCGAUAGAGGGUGCACACCACCGAGCAAAGCCGCCUUGGAUGAAGGAUUGAAUUUCACGUCCAACAUUGACCUCGUUCCAGCUGGUUUGCUCGAUGGCUGCACGCCCACGAAUGGCAGCAUGGAGACCUUCUAUGUUGAUGCUGCGGAUGAGUGGUUCAACCUACAAAUCGUCAGCGCAAUGAGUAUCAAGACCCCAGUCUUCUCUAUUGACUCUCACCCCAUGUGGAUUUAUGCCGUGGACGGUAUAUACAUCGAACCCCAACUCGCCGACACAGUGUUCUUGUACAACGGCGAGCGUUUCUCCGCAAUGAUCAAGCUAGACCAGACUCCUGGAGAUUACACCAUCCGCGUCGCAAACUCGGGCGCCGAUCAGAUACUCUCGGGCUAUGCGAAGCUCUCCUACCAAAACCACACACCGCACAAAGGUCACCAAAGCUACAACGCGACAACCAGCAGCAAUGGCACAGUAAAUGCUACCGCAUACAUCAACUAUGGUGGCGAAAACACCACUGCUUCCGUCAUCCCCCUUGACGAAACUCUCCUGGUUCCUUAUCCCGCCAAUAAGCCCGCGCCUACCGCGGACGCAACCCACAUCCUCAAACUCGGCCGCCUUGGCGCAAACUACAACUGGUCCCUCAGUGGCAGCAACCUGUAUGACACCCAGGCAAACUACCAAACGCCCCUCCUUUUCCACCCCAACUCUACGUCCAACCCUGACGCCUACGAUCCUUCCCUGAUCAUUCGUACCAUCAAUGGUACCUGGGUCGACAUCGUCCUCCAAGUCGUACUCAAUGCUGCCGCUCCUGCUCAACCCGCCCAUCCGGUCCACAAGCACAGCAACAAAGCUUACCUGAUCGGCGCCGGCACCGGUACUUUCAACUACAGCACAGUUGCCGACGCAAUGAACGUGAUACCGGGCAGCUUUAAUCUGGAGACGCCUUCGUUGAGGGACAGCUUCACUACCCCUAGUGUGUUACAGGGACCUGCGUGGAUUGUAUUCAGGUAUCAGGUGGUCAAUCCCGGCGCGUUCUACCUGCAUUGUCAUAUCCAGACACAUUUGACGGGCGGGAUGGCGAUGACGAUUAUGGACGGAGUGGACGUUUGGCCGACUAUCCCUGAGGACUAUCUCAACGGCAACGGUGGGUACUAG